AUGGCAGAGGAGGCUUCCUCAGUCCCAGCCAGUGCGGUUUUGACUUUAGAUCGAUUUAUAUCGGCAUCCAGCGGUCCAGAUGCAGUGGAAAGCUUGGAAGCAAUGGUGGCUGGGUUCAAAUCUAAAGAAGAGAUGUGGGAACAGUCUUGGAUUUUGAAUAAUACUGAGGUGGUAGAUCACCUCACCCAUUUGUUGCAGCAUGGGACCUUGAAGAAUGGAGACUUACCUUGUGGUGAUGAAGGAAUCAAUCUUGUUUGUCAGCUAUAUCAAACGUCAUUGGCAAAAAAUUCACAUGCGUUAAAAGAACCACAACCAGGGCAAUUGCUUGAAGCUCUCCUUGAUGUCAUGGACAACAGUGACCGACAGAUAUAUACAAGAGUGCUUGCCCUACAAGUCUUGGAGCAGCUAUCACGCAGUCAUUCGAGUCUUGCAAGUUCGCAAUGGCUGCAAGCGCCAAAUGGUCUGCAUCGACUAGCGGACAUGCUUUCAUUAGGCAUCGACAAUCCUGUUGAAGAAGUAAUUCGAAAUCAGGCUCUUGCUGUCGCCCACUUUUUAGCACGGGAAGCACCAAUAUCCAAAGUCUUUCUAUUCGCCGAGGUGGAAACCAAACUCCUUGAUUUAUGCUGGCAACAAGGUGGUUUGACAAAGGGGAACUCAGUAGUUUUAGAUUCUUUAAAACUUGUGGAGGAGAUGCUGAAACAUGCUGACUCAAAUUUACAAGACUUGGUAUGGCAACGACCUUCGGUUCCGCCGCGAUUGGCUCAACUGAUUGAUCUGCGAGGCGCCGAUCAAUUUUUGCAUUCCGACGAAUACAAAAAGAAGCAAAAAGUGAAGCCGAACUCUAUAGAGUCAAACGACGAUGAUGAUUUGGACUCGUUACUUCAAAGUGGAGAUAGCAAGAAGCAACAGUCGCCGAAGAAGGAGGGACAACAACAAGAUUGGUUCAUUCCGCGUCUUUCUUCUGACGAAGAAUCUAUCGUUGAAAGUGUCAUCCGAAUACUUCAUUUACUACUGGAAUCUGAAAGUCUCCGACCAACAAUUUGGAAAGCUCAUGGUGGCAUUUGCAGCCUAGUUUGGGAACUGGCGCUGGUAAAUCCAGCAAACCCACCAGUCUGUGCCAUGCCCAGUUCUAAUAUCCAACAGAAAGCGCUGGAACUAGUGGCAAUGAAAUUCAACGAUCUGAAUACUAUGGAUCGGCAUACUGGUCUAGACCGUUUGCUUUUCCUGGUGUGUACGGGUGGUGCCAAUGCCCAAGACUACAAGGGGAAAAUUGCGACAUCACAAACUGCGUUGUCAGUGUUGCGAAAAACAAUCGAUACCGAUCGUGUCCACGAGCUCCUGCUUCAUACUCUUGCACCACUUCCAGAAGAUGAGGGUGCUCCGGCGGGACCAACAGUCGUCGAAAAACUGUGGAACACUGUAGUUGAGAACUUGUCAAUGUCUUCUACAAAUCAAGAGGAUGACGAAACCAGAAGCAUAUUUCUGUCAGGUGCCCUUGGUGGACUGUCGCUUCUACUAUGUGAUGAACAAUCUCGAGAAAUGAUGUCUAGAGUUGUACCAGACGCGGUAAAUCCAGACAUCAUGUUGGAAGCUCUAAAAAACGAAGAGAAUUCGAUGGUUCGAUGGGCACUGUUGCGAUUUCUGUGCGAGUGGAUUAUGGAAACUCCAUUGAUGGUUCAAAAAUUGUUCAACAGUUCAGCAUCUACAAAUUUAGCUGGAAUGGCAUCCGAUUCGAAAAAAGAUUAUGCGCCAUUGGUUCACUUGUUGCUUGGUCUUGCCAUGGAAUAUCUUCCUGGGGAUGAACACGAUUGUGGCGGCUGGACAAGAACAGGAAUACUCCAAGUCAUCAAGAAAAUUGGGAUUUCAAAGUUCACGACAAGCCUUGAAGGACUCAAGAAGGUUCAAAAUUGCGACUUGCCAUGCUAUGUGUCGCCUCUAGAACGCAGUCAUUGGAACAAGUGGUACGGCAAAGCUGUAUGGAUUGUUCGAAAACGAGUUGUGGACGAGCUAACUGGUGGAGAACCGAGCAGUGAAAGCGAUGCAGAAGAAGGAGAGACAACUCAUUCAAGCACUACCGACGGUGGGUCAAACAAGCACCUGCAAAAGUUGAUAUCACAACAAGCAAAGGAAAUGGAAACGCUGCGACAAGAAGUUGAAAAUGCGACAAUAAAAAUAUCCUCGCAAGAACAUCAACUUGACACCUGGAAACGUCGCAUGGAGAGUACACCCACACAAUUAGAUGGACUGUUGAGCGAGAUGACGAACAAGACUGCAAAUUUGGAAGAGACAAUUUCAAAGCUCGAGUCACAGGCAAAGGAAGCACAGACUGUACAUGAACAGGAGUUGAAUAAGCUGAUCAAGCAGCUUACCGAGGCUCGUCAAGAAGUGGAGACUUCUAGAGCUGCCGAGAAAGAAGCAAUCGACGGUUGGGAAAGAAUGGAACAGGAGUUGGGAGCAUUAAGUCACGCAUACAGUAGUCUCGAGCAAGAUUUCCAACAGGAAAAAAACAGUCAUGCAGCUGCACUUGCAGCCGCCGCUGCUGAUACUGCGGCGGGGACGCCUGCUGGAGAAAGUGCGGCUCAAGAACAACCUCAUGGUGAACGCUCGGAUCAACGAAACAGCAACGGGGGCUCCCUUGAAGUGGCAACUCUGAGAGCAGAGAACGAUCGAUUAAAAAAUGAUGCCCGCGCCGCAGACGAAUGGAUGAAAAUGGCAGUGGAUAAAAUGAACGAAAUGGGGCAAAAUGGGGCAAGGUUACAGCAAGAAUCCGAGGCUCUGAAAGCUCAGAUAAAGACUCUUGAGAAUCAAGAAGCAGCGAACAAAGUGGCGAAUGUGAAGCAGUCUGGAGAGAGAGAGGGAAAACUCCAACAAGAGGUGUCGCGUCUUGAGGCACAAUUGCUAGAAGAGAAAGGUCUGCGAGCUGCUGAAUCUGGCAAUGCGGAAGAGCAGGUGGCUCGCUACGAGGAAACACGGCGCGAGAUGCAAGAACACAUCACAAGACUUGAGUUGCAGCUUCACGAAGAGAAGUCUUCGUCACAAGCUUUUGCCGCAGAUGCAAAGCAGACACAAGAAAAGUACAAACAUGUGGAGGAGGAAAUGAAGAAGCAUAUCGUGGCACUUGAAGCCGCAUUGAACGAAGAGCGGCAGUCUCAUCAGGGACCUGCUUCCGAUUCAAAUGAACUGCAAUCAAAUCACGAAGCAAUUGUAGAAGAGCUCCGGCAACAGAUCUUUAAUCUGGAAGCUCGACUAGAACAGACUCCUCUGGCGAUUCAGGAUGGUGCACUAGAAGCAACAUUGAACGAAGAGCAGCAGUCGCGACAUGGACCUGCCGCCGGUGCAAAUGAAAUGCAAGCAAACCAUGACGCGAUUGUAGAAGAACUUCGGCAGCAGAUUUUUAACCUGGAAGCCCAACUGGAACAACAGACGACUCAAGAGAUUCGUGAGAGUGAACCACUGGCUGGAGAAGGACCUAGUGCUAGUGGCGCUGCGGACGAACAUCUGGAGGCUGUCAAACGAGAAUUGGAGACAAGUCGGGAGCAUUUUGACGAAGACAUAUACAAGAAGGAAUCAAGAAUACGCGAGCUUGAAAAUAGACUCGCAAGUGGUCUGGGCCCCUAUAACAUAGAGGAUAUCCGUGCUCGCGAUGAAGAAAUAGAAGAACUUCGUGGCGCAAAUGAAGCUGCACAGGAAUGGAUGGCCAAGGCUGUGGAGCACCAUCAAACGCUUGCAACACAAGUCGCCAAACUCUCGGACGAAAAGGCUGCACUCACUGGAAAGAUUGAGCAUCUCGAUAGACAACCCAGUGUCACAAGUUCAAACACGGACACCAUUACACAGCUGGAAUCUCAGCUACAACAAAAAGUAGAGCUCGUCGAACAGUUAUCAGCAGAACUUGCACAAUGCAAAGGGGAGUUGAUGAAGUUGAAGGAGGAGAGAGACGCAAUUGAAGACACCGAACAAGACCUGAGUAUUGCUCGAGAUGAGAUUCUAAGCCUCCAAGAAAAGGUGCAACAGCUCGAAAGUAGAAACGACGAAAACGAUCGGAAUGCACUCAGCUCAGAACAUGAAAGGCUCCAAAGUUCCAAUGCAGAAUUACAAGCGCAAUUAGAUCAAUUUACAGCUUGGGCUGAGCAAGCACAGAAAAAAAUAGCUGAAAUCCUGAGUGAGAAACAAGCACACGAAACAACAAUAAAGAAUUUGACGGAAUCCAACAUGAGACUAGCGCAAAACGAAAUUGUUCUGAACAAGAGCGUUCUAACAAAGGAAGCAGAAAGGUCUCAAUUGGAGACGUCUGUAGUUGAAAAGGAUAAACUGGUAACCGAGCUAACAUCAGAGAAAGUAAAAUUUGUAAAAGAGAUUGCUGCUUUGGCGCAACAGGCAAAAGAGGCAGAGAGCCAACUGGAAACGUUGCGAGCUGAGAAGAACGUGACUGAAAAAUCGACAGAGGACAGGCAUGUGGAAAGGGAAACCUUGGAGAAAGACAAGGAAUUUCUUGAUGAACAGAUUUCUUCUCUAGAAGUCGCAAUUAACGAGGAGCUUGACGAGAUUAAUGAUGGGGCAAAGAGUUCCACUGUUGAAGAAAGAGACGAAAUCGCAAAGUUGCGCGAAGAGUUGGAAGCUGCACAUGCUGCACUUGCCCGCGAUGAAGAUGUUGUACACCAAUGGGAAGAUCGGGUCGCAGAGCUCGAGAGCACAAUUCAGUCACUGGAAUCGCAAAUCGAGGAGCAGGAAAAAGAAGCAAACAAUGUUGUUUCUCAAUGGCAGGAGAGCUUUUCGGAGGCUGAAGAAAAGUGUGCUUCACUCGAGAAGGAAUUAUGCACAAUGCGGUCAGGAAUUGAAUCGCCUAGAGGUGACCUCGAUGAUGCAAUGAAAGAUCGUGUCACAGAGCUAGAAACUGCAGUCCAAUCACUCGAAUCGCAACUCAAGGAGCAAGAGAAAGAAGCAUACAAUGCAAUUUCUCAGUGGCAAGAAAGUUACACCGCAGCUGACGAGAAAUGUGCGGCACUUGAGACAGAAUUGACAGCACUUCGGUCAGGAAUGGCUCCAGACGGUAUCCAAAGUGAUGGAAUGCAAGAUCGCGUUCUCCAGCUAGAAAGUACAGUUCAAUCGCUUGAAUCUCAACUCCAGGAGCAAGAGAAAGAAGCCAGUGAUGUCGUUUUACAAUGGGAAGAAAGUUAUACCGCAGCCGACGAGAAAUGUGCGGCACUCGAGACAGAGCUUGCAUCACUCCGAUCAAAAAUGGAAGCUUUCGGAGGAUAUGAUGAAAAACAAGCAAGAAUCUCAGAACUUGAAAGUACAGUUCAAUCGCUUGAAUUGCAACUACAGGAUCAAGAGAAAGAAGCCAGUGAUGCCGUUUCUCAAUGGGAAGAAAGUUACACCGCAGCUGACGAGAAAUGUGCGGCACUUGAGACAGAGCUUGCAACAGUCCGAUCAGAAAUAGAAGCUUCAGCUGGACUGCAGAAUGGUGAAAUCCAAGAACGAAUAUUAGAACUCGAAAGCACAGUGCAGUCACUUCAAUCUCAGCUCCAUGAACAAGAAAAAGAAGCUAGUGGUACCGUUUCUCAAUGGCAGCAAAGCUACACAGCAGCGGCAGAGAAAUGCUCGGGACUGGAGAACGAGCUUUUGGCUCUUCGGUCAGAAACUGACUCUGGACUGCAGAGUGAUGAAAUGCAAGAACGAAUCUCAGAACUCGAAAGUACAGUUCAGACUCUUGAAUCCCAACUCCAUGAACAAGAAAAGGAGGCGAGUGGUGCCGUUUCUCAAUGGCAACAAAGCUACACAGUAGCUGCAGAGAAAUCUUCGGGACUAGAGAACGAGCUUUCGGCAGUUCGAUCAGAAAUGGACUCUGGACUGCAGAGUGAUGAAAUGCAAGAUCGAAUCACAGAACUCGAAAGCAUAGUCCAGUCGCUUGAAUCUCAACUCCAGGAGCAAGAAAAAGAAGCGAACGGUGUUGUUUCUCAAUGGCACGAAAGCUAUACAGCAGCUGAGGAGAAAUGUGCGGCAGUUGAGAGGGAACUUGCAACAGUCCGAUCAGAAAUGGACUCUGGACUGCAGAGUGAUGAGAUGCAAGAGCAAAUCACAGAGCUCGAAAGCACAGUUCAGUCGCUUGAAUCUCAACUCCAGGCACAAGAAAGAGAAGCCAGCGAUGUUGUUUCUCAAUGGCAAGAAAGCUAUACAGCAGCUGAGGAGAAAUGUGCGACAGUUGAGAAGGAACUUGCAACAGUCCGAUCAGAAAUGGACUCCUUGGAUGUACCUCACAGUGAUGAAAUGCAAGAACGAAUCACAGAACUCGAAAGUACAAUUCAAUCGCUUGAAUCUCAACUCCAAGAGCAAGAAAGAGGAGCGAGCGAUGUUGUUUCUCAAUGGCAAGAAAGCUACACAGCAGCGGAGGAAAAGUGUUCGGCGCUGGAGAACGAGCUUUCGGCUGUUCGAUCAGAAAUGGAAGUGCUGAAAGCUAACAACGAUGACAAAACUCGCGACGAAUUGGCUGCGGAUAAGAUUCGAAUUCAGGAAUUGGAAGAAAAAAUCACAAAUUUGGUUGAGGAAAUAGGUGCAGCGAACAAGGCCAAGAAGGAGCAACAAGAAUUGUCGAAAAAAACCUUAUCAAAUCUUGAAAAAGAAUUGUCAGUAUCAAAUGCAAGUUGUGCAGAUCUUAAACUUCAAUUGCAAAAGCUCCAGGAGGAAGGAGCUUCGAUCCGACGAGCACUUGAUGAAAAAUCAAGUGACUUGGAGGAAUCCAAUCGCAAUAGAGAAGCACUGGAAGCAGCGAAACAAACACUUGAGCAGGAAUAUACGACGAUGCGCCAGCAAAUCGAAUCAAAUCCUCCAGAAAGGGUGAGCGGACUAGCUGAGCAGCUGCAACAGAGCGAACGCAGUUUGGCGGCGGCUCAGGAGGCGCUUAGAAAUGACGAAGAAGUAGUUAGGCAGUGGGAGGAACGUGCUUCUGAGCUUGAAUCGACCAUAGAGGAUUUAGAAACGCAACUACAAGAACAAGAAAGCGAAGCAAAUACUGUUAUUUCCGAGUGGCAACGACAGUCGUCAGAUCUUGAAACGCAGCUGACACAGCUCCAGGACCAGAUUGCCAGAAGUAAUGAAACGCUAGCUGCCCGCGACGCGACUAUCGAAAAUCUGAAGACACUAGACAGUGAUAUCUCAUCGCAGCAUAAGGCAUUGUUGGAAGAUACAAAAAGACUCCGUGGUGAGCUUGACAAUGAGAAGAGGGGGAACAUGGAGGCAGAAGAAAAGAUCCGUGCCCUUGCUGUUGCGCUCGACAAAUUGAAGACCGAGUCGACGGAUUCGUCUAAAAACUUGACUAAUCAAAUUGCAGGUUUGGACGCAACAAUCGAAAAAAUGAGGCUUGAGCUAGAAGAGAAAGAAGAAUCCUCCAGGAACGCCACAAAAGCAUGGGAAUCAAAGGUUGCCAAAUGCAAAGAAAAUAUUUACACACUUGAAGCAGAACUUGAUUCAAAAAAUAAAUCCCUGGCAGAUCUGCAAAACGAAGCUUCACAGAGCAACAGCUUGGAUUCAGAAUCAGCAAUUGCGGAGUAUCGACAGAAGGUGUCGGCUCUUGAAGCAGACCUCGCUGCAAAGUCCCAGGCUCUAUCAGGUCUACAAGAAGCUACGCAAAAAGACGCAUCGGAAUCAGAUUCAAAGCUUGCAGAAUACGAAGAUAAGAUAUUCGCUCUUGAAGCAGAUAUCGAAUCAAAGAUUGAAUCCAUGUCCAAUCUGAAGGAUGACGUUGCUGAGAAAAGUGAAGCGCUGUCAAGGCAAGAACUAGAACUGGAGGCACUUGGAAACGAAAUUGCAAAGCAGAAAACCGAAAUCGAGGACCUUGAAAAUGAAAUCUUGAGUAAGACAGAAGAGAUUGAGGGCCUCAAGCAAUCGAGCGGACAUAGUAUGGCCAAGACAGAAUUGGUCGCUUCUAGGGCAGAGAAUGAACUUCUGAACGAGAAGCUGCAACUAGAACAGGAAGCGCGCAAGUCAGAAGCUGAGCAAUUUGAAGAAGCGCUUGCGGCCGAGUCGUCAAAACUGCAAGAAGCACGAGACGAGGUCGAGGAUAUAAGAAAAGAAUCUGAAGACGUUGUGAACCAAUGGACUGCCCGUGUUGAUGAGUUGGAAGGGACGGUUGUUGAACUUGAAAAACAAUUGCAGCAACAAGAGGAAGAAGCGAAUGUUGCAAUUUCAAGCUGGGAAUCGAAAGCCUUGGAACUUGAAAAAGAGCUCGAAACGUGUACAGAGGAACUCAAUGCCCUGAAGCAAAGACUGGCAGAUACAGAAAACUCAACCGCGGACGCCGAAGUCACCCGGAAUCUUGAAGAAGAAAAGAUCAGACUGACACUCGUAGUUGGGCAACUGGAAGACGAACUCCGAGAAGCCAACAGCAUGAUCCAGACGUAUGUCACCAACGAAGCCGCCGAGAAGGCCACAGAAAUCGCCGCAAGUGCCUUGCGUGACGAAAUCGACGAGCUUCAACGCACCAUUGAUGGCUACAAGCAGCAGCUUGCAGAUGAGGAGUCAGCUCGCGAAGUUGCCGAACUUGAAAUCGAAAGGUUGCUUGAUGACAUUGCCACACUUGCCGCUCUGGCAAACGAAGGUGAAAGCAUUGAUGGCAUCGAGCUCCGAACCGUCAGAGCCGCGGAACACUUGAAGAAGAAGGAGCGUAUUGAAAUUGAAUCACUCCGAAACUCAUUGUAUCGAGCAUUGAACGAUGUCGAGAAUGCCCAAACUGCUGAGCGAGAGGCAGUAAAUCAAUUGGCAAAGAUGCAAUUGGCAACAUCGAUUGCUGAGAAGGAUAUUGUCACUGCCAAAUCAGAGAUUCAUUUCUUAUCUCAAGCGCUCGAAGAGUCACGCUUAGCAGAAGAAAACAGAAGAGCUUCUCUAGAAUACCGAAUAAGCUCAUUGGAAGACGACAAUGAUCUUCUUCGCAGAUACCAUGCUGACGAACUUGAGGAAGUCCGACAAGAGCUCUCCCAGAUCACAAUGGAGAAAGAUCGCGCCAUUCACCAAGUUCGAGAAUUAGAGAGAAGCAAUGCUGCGUUCGUUGCUGCAGCAUCAAAGGAAGAUAUCUAUGCCCUGGAUGACCAAGCAGAUCUUGAACAUGAGAUCGCACGACUUCGCGUCGAGCAUGAGCAUCUGCUCACAGUUGCUGCAGACGACAAGGCCCGUGCGGAACGCAAGUUGCGAGAAAUGCUGGCCGCCCAAAUGGCAUCCAUCGAAGCCGAUACUAUUCUAGAGCACGAACUUCGUGUCAAUGCAGAAGAAACCGUUGUGGGUCUCAAGGCCCAAGUAGAAGAGCUAUUGAAGGCCAGCCACGCAGAUGGACAUGGAAACGGUUCCGAAAUGUCCGCCAGCGCUGCUGCGAAGCAAAUCGCUUCGCUCCAAGAAGCCUUGGAUCAAGUCACCAAGGAGAAAAAGAACUUGAAGCAAAAGCUUGAACGCGAGGCUUCCAAAGCCAAAGCAUCCAUUGAAAAAUCAACCGAAGAAUGCCGCCAAGCUCAAUCCGAGUUGCACAAGAUGAUGCGGGAUAACCGAUAUGACCAAGCUGUCAAGACGGAAGCCAGCAGACUGCAUCUGUCUCCACCCCGGAAACGGAUGCCAAUGACUCCUGAAACUCGCGACGAUGUGACGAUGCAAUCUAAUCUAUUGGAUACUUCUAUGACAAGCAUCAACGCAGCCACCUUUGACCACUUGCAAAAUUUCAAGGAAGAGAUGCGAGAAGAGCGCAAGAUUUACUUGGAACUCUUGUCCGAACACGACGACUUGUUGGCAUUGCUGGCCCAGUUGGAUGUUGAAAAGAAUUUUUUGAAGGAUGCAUUGACCAAGAUUGGAGGUCAAGCAGCUGUGGACGAAGCCUUGAAGAAGGCCGAGGAUGAAACCUUUGAAGAACACGGCGGAGUCAUCAAGCUUGCCGAUGAGUUUGCAGCAGUAACAGAUAUGGAAUAA